AUGGACUCCGACACCGAAUCACUCAAGAAGCCUGUCGAGAAAAACAUCCUCCUUGACCCCGCCGUGCUCUUCUUGUCGGCUCAGUCCGUCGUCGCUGAAGCGGACCCUUCCACUCCACUUUACGUACUAAGCACCGACAUACGGUCCAUCCCGAACAAGAACUCGUCGGUAAAACUCGAAAGAGUCGAGAACGUCGACGAUGGGCCAGAUGGAAGCCAGGGGGCGCCACCAAAGCGCCAUCAGCAUAUCUUCUACCUUGUGCACCCUGAGCACGCGCAGUACCGCACCGAUAUUCCUGCGCGGUACUAUAUCACCUCUGCAGUACCGGAGACGGUAGGCAACAUCCGCCUCGAGGCUUCCGAGGCACGACUUCAACGGACCUCCUUCAGAGCGCUGUUGAGUGCGGGAAAAACCGCGUCGGAUAGACCCUUAUUCAACGAAGGGGCCCAACAGCUCGUAUUAUUCGAGAUUCAACCGAGCGGGAAAGUUGGUCUUAGUUCUACGAGCUACAAGUGGAGUGAUUCGAAAGGUGACCAGGUGGCGACUGAGGGGAAAGAGAACAGCAGGUAUUAUCUGAAAGUUACGAGCAGCCUGCCGCAGGAUGUUAGAGAUGCGCUGGUUGCCACGUGGCUAUUGAGGCUGUGGCAUGAUACAGCCGAGAGUAAGGAGGCGAAGAGGGAAUUUUUCGAGAGCAUGACGUCGCCAGAAGCGUACAGGGAAAGCGUGGAUGGAUACAUGAAGAGGCAGUGCAUACUUAUGUGA